AUGGGCCAUUGCAGCGCCAUCGACCACCCGAAAGCGAAUAAUUGCAAGGAAGAACAUACUGGAAGUCCGGAUGAGCAACAAUUGAGUGUUCUGCGAGAGAUUUGGGCAGAUAUUUUGGAUAUCGACGUUGAGGACAUAGAUCAAGAUGCACACUUUUUCGAACUGGGUGGCGACUCACUGGCAGCGGCAGAGCUGGUGAGGGCAGCCGCAUCACAAGGAAUGCAGAUCACUCGCGGACAGAUCUUCACAGCGCCCACAUUCUCUGACAUGGUAUCUCUCAUGUCUUGCGGGGAGCCCGGUCCAUGGGAGGAACCUUUGAGCGCUCUAUCUCCAUUUGCCCUCAUUGAUAGUGAUGUAUCUUUGGUUCGGCAGUUGGCCGCAGAGCAGUGCGGCAUUUCUCCAGAGGAAAUUGAGGAUAUGUAUCCGACGACCGCAUUGCAGGCUGGCCUCAUGGCUCGGUCCAUUAGUGUACCGGGUGUAUAUGUGUCUGCGUGGCUCUUUCAGAGCGUCCACCCCGUAGACCCGGUAUGGCUCACGGAUUUAUUGCUGCGAGUGGUGCAGAAGCUGCCUAUUCUGCGAACUGCAAUGGUGACAUCGGAAGAACACAGCUUUAUGCAGGCCGUCCUCCCACCACCGGCCGCGAUUGAUAUUAUUCGAGUAACUUCCAUUUCAGAACUUUGCCUCGAAGACCACAAGCCUGCCAUGACGGUGGGUCGUCCUCUCACAAAGUUUUUGGUGAUCGUCAGCGAGGAUUGCGAUCGACCAUACGUGCUAUGGUAUGCACACCAUGCGACAUACGACAUGUCGAGUAUAGCACUCGUAGAGCGUCAUAUCGCCGAUCUUGCAUCCGGGGAGGAAUCACUCCCAGCACCCCCCAGCUUUGCAUUAUUUGUCGCCCAUAGCAUAGAAGUCCGCAAAAGUCCCGAAUGCAUGCCCUUCUGGACGGAGCAGGUGGAUGAUUGUCCUGCGUCGAUAUUCCCCUUUGCCGCAACGGAUGCGCCACCAGUAUUUCGCACAGAUGCUCAGUAUGAGAUCUCUUUCCCGUACGUUGGCACAAACUUUGGCUUCACAAUGGCGAAUCGCAUCCGUGCCGCUUGGGCAUUUCUAUUGGGGUGUUAUGAGAAUUCGGAGGAUGUCGUGUUUGGGGUUACCAACGGAGGCCGGUAUGCAGCUGUGCCACAAUGCGCCGAUAUUGUCGGACCUGCAAUCGCAACUUCGCCCAUGCGGGUGCGUUUGAAUCGCGAGUCAACUGUUACCGAGUUUUUACAGAAUGUUAGCGUCCAGGCGGUCCAUAUCAAUGCCUUUGAGCAGGCAGGUCUGGCAAAUAUCCAGAAACUGGGCCCAGCCGGUAUUCGGGCUUGCAGUUUCCGAACUUUGGUCAACGUUCAGGUGGCCGAUGCUGGGCGCGGCAGCAACUUGUUGACACCUGUGGAGCCAGGCAAGGUCGAACCACUCGAUUACGCUCUGGUACUGGAGCCCUUUGUCUUAGGGGGUGGUUCUAAGCUCCGACUCCGUUUGUCGUAUGACAGUCUGGUCAUCCACCGUGAAAAGGUCAUUCAGGUCGCCGCACAACUGAAAAAGGUACUUCGGCUGUUCACAACUCAUCCAGAUAGGAGAAUGAGCGAGAUUGAAAGCGUACCUAUCGAUCCCCGCUCAUCGCUGGGUAGUGGGCCUUUAAUACCACUGGAAAUGGUUCCAAGACCUUUCACGCUCAUUUCCUCGCCUGCGCAUGAAAUUCGAAAUCACGCUGCUGUCGAGUGCGGCGUUUCUGAGAGUAUUGUAGAUGAUGUUUACCCAUGCACACCAGCACAGACCAGAAUGAUGAUGGUCUCUUUGCGACAUCCCACAGCUUACAAAUCCCACAUCGUUUUCACUCCCCGCGAGGGCCAGAGUGAAACAGACAUUCUCCAUGCAUGGAACAACCUUUACCGUAGGAUGCCUGUGUUGAGGACUCGAUUCUUUCAUAGUCCUAAGGAAGCCACCUCAUCGAACAAGCGUGAACUGCGUAUGUUGCAGGCAGUUGUCAACGAAUCCAUCCAAUGGAGUGAAUGGGCGGAUGUACAACAGUGUUUGUCUGCAGAUCGCGAACUUCCCUUUAGCGGCGGCCAGCAGCUUUCACGCUUUGCUCUCAUUCGCAAGCAGUCUGGAGAUGGAAUACGGGAAAUUGUUCUCACUGCCCACCGCUCCAUCUUCGAGCCAUCGACCACACAACCCAUGCUUCGUUUUCUACAGGAGAUCGGAGGUCAAAAUACCCAUGAUUUGGAAAUUAUGCCAUUCACUAGUUGGAUUGAGGGUGCAUUAAAUUCCCUUAAUGAACCGUCAAAGAUGUUCUGGGCUGAAGCAUUGGAGGACUGUCACGCCCCUUCCUUCCCCCAAGUCCCAGCCACCCAUGCUCCACUCACGACGGAUACAAUGCAUAAAACCAUUCCUUUGCCUGCAAUUGGGUCGGGAGUUGAAAGCCCUGCCCCAAGUGCAACUCUGCUCCAGCUGGCUUGGGCACUCACUCUCAACCAAUACUAUGAUUCUAAUGACGUAGUAUUUGGAAUUGGUGUGAACAGCACGUAUGGCAAUAGCCGAACGGUCAUGGGACCAACCUUCUCGGCCAUUCCACAGCGCAUUGUGUUUGAAAGUCCCGAUAUGCGAAUCAAUGACUUGAUUCGGAUAGUCGAAGAACGGACGGAAGCACUCAUCGAUCAUGCGCAGUAUGAUAUCUCUAUGAUUCGUGAAAUUGACGAAUCCUGUGCCACUGCAUGCAAUUUUCAGAAUCUCUUGGUUUUAAAGUCCACCCCAGACGAUAAUGGCACCAAUCAGCACUCUGGAGCAUUUAGAACAGCCUCUGUGUCGACUGUUGCGGGAAAAGGCAUUGCUGGUUCUUCCCCUCACAUUUACAACUUUGCUCUAGCAGUCGAGGUAGCCCCGUUAAGCAACGGAGUGAGUGUCCGCAUGAGUUAUGAUCCUUUCGUCUUGAAAGCAGUCCAAGUACGACGUCUCAUGUCUCACUAUGAAAACAUUCUACGCCAAAUGUCCACAUUUAACCAUACCUCCACUGUCAGAAGCAUCCACCAUGUGCCUGAGGACCAUUUGGAGGAAAUUCUAUCGUGGAACACCGUCCCUGCACCUCGAGCGUGCUGCGUUCACGAACUAUUUGAGGCACAGGUAAACUCCCAGCCAUCCUCCCCAGCUAUCUGCGCCCGUGAUGGUGAAUGGACAUUUUCGCAACUUGAUAAUGCGGCAGAGAGACUCGCUAGAUUUCUUCGUUCGCUAGGUGUGGGACCAGGAUGUUAUGUCCCUCUUCUUUUUGAAAAGUGCGGGCUUGCAAUCAUUGCCAUGCUUGCCAUCCUAAAAGCUGGGGGCUCGAGCGUCGCAUUAGAUCCAGCUCAUCCUAAAGACCGAUUACAAGGUCUCAUUAGUGGCAUGGGAAAGUGCACUAUUCUCUGUAGCCGUGAAAACCACAUCCUGGCUGCCCAGGUUGCUCAACGUGCCGUUAUGAUUGAUGAACAAACUUUAAAGAACCUAUCAAAGCAGCCACUUCAGCGGCGUCUCAGUGAUGAAGAACCUGUCUCGGCGCAAAACACGGCAUUCGUUCUGUUCACAUCCGGAUCUACGGGUAUGCCCAAGGGUAUCCUGAUCCCCCACCAAGCAUUCUCAAGUAGCAUUCGAGGCCACUCGGAACUUCUUCGCUUUUCUACGGGUCCUGGAUCUCGCAAUUUCCAAUUCACAGCUUACACGUCAGAUGUAAGUAUUGGAGAAAUAUUUACCUCUCUUGCGGUUGGGUCCUGUGUCUGUGUACCCUCAGACUGGGACCGUAAGAACAACCUUGCUGGUGCAAUGAGGUAUCUUAAUGUAAAUUGGGCCUUUUUCACACCCAGUGUGGCAGCGUUGUUGGUCCCCAGUGAGGUCCCAGCCCUCCGCACCAUGGUAUUUGGGGGCGAAACGGCAUCACCUGAGAACUUCCAGACCUGGGCCCCAGCAUUGCAUUUGAUCAAUAGUUUUGGUCCUGCCGAGUGUUCUAUUUGGACGCAUUGUAUCCCGCGUAAAGUCGCACUUGAUGACCUUGGCAGCAAUAUCGGCUUCGGAGUUGGUUGUGCAACUUGGAUAACUGAUCCUACCGACCAUCAUCGAUUGCUUCCUAUCGGAGCUGUCGGCGAGAUGCUUGUUGAGGGCCCUAAUGUUGCGCAAGGCUAUCUAAACGACCCCAUUAAGACAAAUGCCACUUUUGUUCAUGAUCCGGCAUGGAUGCCGCCAGACCGAGGAUCGAUGAGACUAUAUCGAUCCGGGGACCUCGCCCGCUACCUUCCAAAUGGAAUGGUGCAGUUCCUUGGUCGUCGUGAUCACCAAGUCAAACUCAGGGGAUUGCGUAUUGAACUAGGUGAGAUUGAGCAUCAGAUUCGCAAAUAUUUUUCCGACGGCGAUAUGCUAGUGGCGGUAGACAUUGUCCAUCCUCGGCCUGUUGGUUCCCCGCCUAUCUUAGCGGCUUUCAUUGCUCCUAAAGAACCUGAUGUACUUCCUGAGAGCCAAGGGGGUGUCUUAAACCUGCUGGCGGACAAGUCUGACCACAUUUGCCAGACUCUGCAUGGCUUGGAGAGUGCACUCAUUGGAAUCUUGCCCCGGCAUAUGGUGCCCGCUGGAUUUGUUCCACUUCGUCAGAUGCCUUUGACUGCCUCGGCAAAGACAGAUCGUCGCGUGUUGAAGAAUAUCGCAUCAUCUGUUUCAGCCGAGGAGUUGAGUCGCCUGAUGGUCGAAGUGCAAUCACGGGAGGCUCCGAGCACAGCCAUGGAAACAAUUCUCGCCAGAUUAUGGUCGAGCGCCCUAGGCUGGCACGUCGAAGUCGAUCGGCAGAACAGCUUUUUCCGUGUCGGGGGAGACUCACUAUCCGCGAUGAGGCUAGUCUCGUUUGCCCGGAAGGAGAAUGUGCGGAUUACCGUUGAACAGGUGUUCCAAAAUCCGAUCCUCCGAGACAUGGCCCAAUGUGCUAUUUUAGAUGACACCUCAGCUGUCGACGAAUCAAAUGCACUCCCGGAUGUCGCACCUUUCUCCGCACUUGGAGAUGGGGAUAUGGUUGCCAGUGCAGUUCGGUCUGCCUCCACGCAACUAGGAGUUGACGCAGCUCAAAUCGAAGAUAUUUAUCCCUGCACGCCACUCCAGGAGGGCUUGCUCGCUGCGUCCCAAGACUCACGAGGAACGUAUGUCGCACAAAUGGUGCACGAGCUGCCCAUCAACAUUGAUCGUUCUCGCUUCGAGUCUGCCUGGGCAUCCCUGCUGGAGGAAUGGCCCAUAUUGCGGUCACGCUUCUUCCAAUGGCACCAAAGCAAUGGAACCUCUCAAUUGAUGCAGGCGGUCGUCAAGGGGCGGACGCGAUGGGUUCGUGCUCGCCGUCUCUCCGAAUAUCUCAAGCUUGACCGUCGAGAUUAUAUGCAGCUUGGAGAUCGUAUGUUGCGGCUUGCUGCCUUCACAGAUACGGGUGAUAAGAAGCAAUAUUUCGUCAUGACUGCCCACCAUGCCAUCUACGAUGGUUGGAUGCUGGGCCUUCUCUUUACUGCCCUCCGUCGGUGCUAUCUCGGUCUUCCCGCGCUAGAGACAACUCCGUAUCGUGUGUUUGUGAACAUCAACUUAAAGAACCGCAACAACGAGGAGAGCCAACGUUUUUGGCAACGCUACGUGUGGGAUUCUGACCGGCCGUCAUGGCCAGAGCUUCCAUCCCCUGACUUCAGGCCUAAGCCCGCCUCCGUCAGGCAGCUGACAGCACAGUUCCCUGCUGGGGAUCAGCGAAAUUUCACCCCUAGCACCAUUAUGCGCACAGCAUUUGCCAUUCUCCUUGGAGCUUACUCUCAUUCGGAGAACGUCGUUUUCCCAUCCACGGUGUAUGGACGUACUUCUGGUCAAUCUUCGGCAGCAACAGUUGCAGGCCCAACGCUGGCUACAGUCCCUGUUCGGGUUCGCCUGGAACGUCAGUCAACAAUACACGAAAUUCUUGCUACUGUCCAGGCGGAAGGAGCCGAGAUGCUAGCCCAUGAGCAAGAAGGUCUCCAGAAUAUAAAGCAGUAUAAUCGUGGUGCUUUGGCGACCAUUGACACUCAAAGCCUCUUAGUGGUCCAAGUGGAUCAGCCUUCCCAGGAGUGGAACAGUGACGACUUUGCUCUGCGCUACGUCGAUGUGUCAGGGCUAGCCAAUGGCUUCCUCAGCACUGCAUUAGUGCUUGAGGCAACCAUUUCUCAGAAUGAGCUUCAUCUUCACAUGACCCAUGAUGACCGAGUUGUUGCUCCACGCCAAGCCGAAAGAUUCCUGGAACAACUCGCACAUGUGGUGCAUCAACUUUGUGAGGCAUCCCAAACACAACUUCUUCAGGAAUUGGACCUGGUUCCCCAAGGGGAGAGGGACGAAAUCCUCUCGUGGAACGCAACCAUUCCUAAGCCAACUGAAGCCCUGGUUCAGAAUCUCUUCAAUGCUCAGGUAAACCAGCAGCCAGACGCAGAAGCAUUGGUCUCUUGGGAGGGAUCACUCACAUACCGGCAGCUUGAUGAAUUCUCCGACCGACUUGCAGGAUAUCUCUGGACAUCAUGUGGUCUACGCGCUGGAAUCCGGGUCCCUCUACUGUUUGAGAAGAGUAUUUGGACUGUGGUCGCAAUGUUGGCUGUUUUGAAGAUUGGUGCAACGAAUGCAGCUCUAAAUCCAGCACAUGCAGCAGAUCAUUUGAAGUCGCUCGUUGAGGAUAUUGAUGCCGAUUUUAUUCUAUGCAGUGAACAAUUCGAGUCACUAGCCUAUGAUAUUACUCCAAGAUACUACUGUGUUGGUUCCUCUGUCCAACACCUCGAGGGUGAAAAUUGUGCCAGUUCAAUCACUCCACAACACAUCGCCUUCCUGCUGUUUACUAGUGGCAGCACAGGGAAACCGAAGGCAAUCAUGAUUGACCAUCUCGCCUUCUGUAGUAGCAUCAAGGGCCAUGGGGAGGUGUUGUGCUAUCGCAAAGGCUCCCGAAAUCUUCAGUUCACGGCCUAUACCUCGGAUGUCAGCAUGGGAGAGAUAUUCACGUCGCUCAGCCAAGGAGCUACAGUAUGUAUUCCGUCUGACAAUGAACGUAUGAAUGACCUUUCCGGAGCCAUGGAGCGAAUGCAGGUUGACUGGGCCUUCCUCACUCCCAGUGUGGCCUCACUGCUUCACCCUGAUCAAGUACCAACCCUCAAGACACUUGUUUUUGGUGGCGAAACAGCGACAGUGACAAACGUCCAGACUUGGUCCCCACGUUUGCACCUGAUUAACAGUUUUGGGCCCGCAGAAACUUCAAUCUGGUGCCAUGCGCACCCUCACUUCACGGUGACUGACGAUGGCUCGGAUGUUGGAUGGUCUGUUGGGUGUGCUACGUGGAUCGUGGACCCAGAGGACAGCAGUCGUCUGAUGCCCGUUGGUACAAUUGGUGAGCUUGUUGUUGAGGGACCUAACGUGGCAGCUGGGUAUUACAAAAACCCAGCGAAAACAGAGGCCGCAUUCCCAAAGAGUCUACCUUGUCUACCACCGGGUCACCGCCAGCGCAUCUACAAACUCGGUGACUUGGCUCGAUUCUUGCCUGACGGUCGUUUGCAAUUCCUUGGCCGCAAGGAUGGACAAGUGAAAGUGCAUGGCCAGCGUGUGGAAGUUGGUGAUGUGGAAAAUACAAUUCGCCUAGCUCUAGGUGACAACCACCUUGAAGUUGCCGUGGAAAUGGUCAAGAUCCCCGACGAGCUCACUGGCUCCCGUCUCAUCGCGUUCAUUAGCUGCACCCCGGCGGACCAGCCACAGGAUCGGAGCAAUCCUGCUGUUUUGACCGACGACGGAGGACUUCUAGCCUUCCAAGAACGUACCAGCUCUCUCCGAGAGCAACUCGCCUCGCGGCUGUCAAGCCACAUGAUUCCUAGUUUCUUUGUCCCUUUGACAAGCAUGCCACUGAGCGCAUCAGCAAAGAUGGAUCGAAAGCUUCUAGGCGCCCUUGCUAGAAACUUGGAUAUUUCUGAGUUGGCACGUUUCUCCCUCUCGUCGCAUAGAGAGGUACUGCCACCGCAGAGCCGGAUAGAGAAGCUUCUUCAUUCGCUCUGGAGCUCUGUGCUGAUGCUUCAGUCAGAUGAAUUUGGUAUUGAAGCUGAUUUCUUUGAAUGCGGUGGCGAUUCAAUCGCGGCUAUGAAAUUAGCUUCCCUGGCACAUGCCGCUGGUACUCCCCUAUCUGUCCAAGAUGUGUACGACCAUCCCCGUCUGGGCAAACUCGCAAGCGCCAUAGAAGAAAGAUCUCCGGCGGAUCUUCUCAACGCUGUUUCCGAGAUCGACGCAUUCUCCCUGCUACCAACAGAUUAUGCAGCAGAUGGGCUAGAUGCGCUCAUUUCCAAAGCUGCCUCCGUUUGUGGGGUACGGACUAACGAGAUUGUUGACAUCUACCCAUGCACGCCCAUCCAACGUUCAAUGAUAAAAAGGACUGCAACACAUUCUGAGGCGUACUGGCUACACAAUACUUUCGAACUAUCUUCAGAGGUCAACGAGGUCCGGCUCGAACAGGCAUGGCAGGCUGUCGUCUCUUUGCACGCUAUCUUGCGCACACGUAUUUUCGCCCACAGCGGUCGGCAUUUGCAGGCCGUUCUGAGCGAGCCACACACAGUACAGCACGUUUCUGGAGUGUCCCUAGAUGAAUUUUUCAUCGCUUCUCGUGAGCGCCAAUUCACAAACGGGCAGCCACUACUCCGCGCUUCGAUAGUAUCAUACGAGUCGCGGCGGUACUUUGUCCUGAAAUUCCACCACGCUGUAUACGACGCUUGGUCGUUAACAAAAGUCUGUGAAUUACUCCAGCGACAAUAUCUUGGUUCAGCGGAUCAAGGUAAUAUUCAAAGUAUGUCGGAAACUACCAUUGUUGGAUUCAACUAUUUUGUGAAAGCCAUCCAACAACAGAAUCAGAGCCUUGCACUUGAUUUCUGGAGCAAAUAUCUUCUUGGGGCGAAGACUUCAUCCUUAGCCCCAUCAUAUGAGGGCUCCAAUACCGACAGUAUCAUACGUCAUCGCAUCUCACUCCCAGCACCAAUGGCGACAGGUAGCUCCACCACACCUGCUAUCAUGGUCUAUGCCGCCCUCGGGCUGGCACUCCAUAAGCAGCUUCAAGUCCCAGACACCAUCCUCGACUUGAUCUCUAUCGGUCGCUCCCUUCCACUUACUGAGGAUCUGAUCGGUCCCACAGUCACAAGGGUUCCAGUGCGUAUCAAUCACAAGGAACAAAGCACCCUGCACGAUUACCUUUCACAUGUCCAAUACCAGGCCCGACAACCAACACCCUUCGAGCACGUUGACCUGGAAGAGGUUGCGCGUUUGCAUUCCGAUGCGCACGAUGCUUGUCACGGCGCGCCUCAGGUCGUUGUUCAUCCGUAUGAUCCAUACACAGAGCAGCCUACGGCUAAGAUGGGACUGCUCAGACAGGAGCUCUCGGUGCUAAAUAAUGACGGAAUUGCACUAUCAAUAGAUAUAUCCCUAGUACUUCAGGAGAGGGCGCUAGAGGCACUGGAUGUGCGUCUCAUGUUUGACAGCAGCAUCGUUGGAGAGGAAAAGACGCGGCUUCUUGUCGGGGAUUUGGAGACAAUCAUGUUGAAGAUCCACGCUUUGCAGGGCAAAUUCCAAUCAGCUAUGGUGGAAGAAGUGUUACAUGGAGUACCGGAAACUCCAUUUGAGCUGGUUGUAGAACGGAUUCAGUGA